UCUUUUCAUUUCUUCAUUUCUUCGACACAGCCACACAGGGCGACACUAUCAAGUCCGCUCUAAUUUCGAUCGCCUGCUCCAUUGGCGCAGACAUUUGAAGCAGAAUCGCACUCUAUGCAAUAGAAAGAGUUAUGGCUUUUGGGGCUCUAAGAAACAUUUUUCGACCUCUCUCAAGAACCCUAAUUUCACGAAUCCCUACUACUUCGCCCGCACCAUUUCUUCCCGCCUCCACAUAUCCGAAAUCCCUUUUUCUCGGCAGACCAGCUUUUUCCAGAGAUCCUCAAUGGCUUCCUCUUUCGAAUCAUUUACAUAGUUUGACCGACACUCGCUUCCCUAAAAGACGUCCUUCUGAGAAGCCCCGCCGAAAGAGGGCUAGCAUGAGACCUCCAGGGCCGUAUGCUUGGGUUAAGUAUGUACCGGGCGAACCAAUUCUUCCAAAUAGACCUAAUGAAGGGAGUGUCAAAAGAAGGAAGGAGAAAAAACGAAUGAGGCAGCACCGAGCUUUUAUAUUGGCAGAAAGAAAGAAAAGGAAAGCUCAGCUGCAAGAGGCUAAACGGAGGAAAAAUAUCAAAAGAGUAGAGCGUAAAAUAGCAGCCGUUGCAAGAGAAAGAGCAUGGGCGGAGAGAUUGGCAGAGUUGAAACGAAUUGAAGAAGAGAAGAAAGCAUCAACAGCUUGAGUAUUUUGGAAUUUAACUGCAUGCGGGUAAUACUGGUUUAGGUUAAUCUGUUAUUAGCUAGCAACCCAUACAUUCUGCACCUUCAAUGUUAUUCCAUGUUGUUUGCUAAUCGGUUGAUCAUCCACCUCUUUAAAAUAUUUUUGUUUUUACAUGGAAAUGUUGAAUUCCUCUUUGCUUUUUUUGAAACACUGGGGAAAAUUAUAGAGCGAUCCACUUGUAACACCAAUAAAGGUGAUGAGCUUGUAUUGUUGCAAAAUUCCUAAGAAUCUUUGGCAACUGUUAUGGGUGAGUU